GGGAAGAAGUGAUCUGAAUUGUAAGAAGAACAAUUGAUAUACGCAUUCAUUCAUGAGUUUAUCAAGAUGCACAUUCAAUUCUUUAGUUAAGGCUUCUAAACGACUUUAUGAUUCCUGUCGCUUAUUAACUACAUCUCAACUGCUAUUGUUAUCGUCAUCUAAACAAGGUGUAGUUAAUAAACCAAGUGCUUACAAAGCCUUACUGAAAUCAUCAUCAGUUCGACUGUGUAUAGAUGAUUUACCGAGUAGUGCAAAACAGUUUUUCAAUGUUCCUGUUAAUUCAUCAAAUAAAUCCCCUGACUUUAUAGUUGUAUUAUCCAGUGAUGUACAAAAGUUGAUUAAAAAGACUCAAUGUUCUGUCAAUCUUAUUGAAGACGAUUUACAACCACCUUUAAUCCAAUUAGUAUUAAAGGAUAAUGUAUCACAUUCAAGUAAAAAUCUACGAAAAUAUGGUAUUAAUUUACCGGAUAAUAUUCGACCAAAAAUUAUUGGGUUUAAUUCUAAUAUAGACGAAUGUAUGCUAAAUGUUCGGUUGAAACAGGUAGAGGAAUUCCUACAAGCCAGUCAUUCAGUUUUCAUUAUUGUUAAUAUUAUAAGCUUGAAAAAAUUGAUGGCCAUACGAAACAGACAGUCUGUAGCUGUUAAAACAGAUAUUAUUCAUAAAGAUCGAUCGAAUAAUGAACAAGAACAAAUUCAAAACUUACAAAAGAUGGAGUGCGAUAGUGUUGUGAAGAAACUUAGCAAAAUGCUUGAAAAUGUGCCUUGUAAAAUGCGUCACGUGGAUCGGCCUGAUACCUCAAAAGUGGUGUUGCUUUUAGAACCUGUAAAGUGAUAGAUGAUACCUUGGCGAUAUUUAGUUUUCAAUCUUUCUUAACUUGGAAUUAUUUCUCGUCUGUUUAGAAAUUAGAGUGUAAAUAAUGCUGCUUUUUCUUAGGUGUAUUAAAAUUUAUUUGUAAAAUCUUUUUUUACUAUCAGAUGACCAAUUUAAAUAAAACACAACUAUGUAAA